AUGCUAGGAUUUGAUUUUGACAUCGUGUACAAACCUAGGUGUGAAAACAAGGCAGCCGAUGCCUUGUCAAGGAAGCCAAUGGAAGAAGGGGAAUUGAAAGCAAUCAUGUUCGUUGUCCCAACUGGUGCAGAUGGGAUUCAAGAGGAGGUGAUGAAGGAUGAGAAACUAAGGGGAAUUAUACAAGAAUUGCUCAGAGGAACUAUCACUCAUGCAGGAUAUGAGCUGAGAAAAGGAAACUUGAUGUACAAGAGAUGCAUGGUAGUGCCAAAAAAUUCCAGGUUGGUUCAAUUAUUUCUUUUAGAAUUCCACUCUUCACCCAUUGGUGGACAUUUCGGUUUUUUCCUCACCUACAAGAAGAUCUCUUCAAUCCUUUAUUAG